AUGCUUCGAUCGGUGCGUGUGUCCGGGCCCGCAAUGCGCGGGAGCCUAGGUGUGCCGAGGGCAGUUGUCCGGCCCCUCAGUAGCACAUGCUUGAAAGUGAGCUCCCGCGCAUCAUCGUGGACCCCCGUUUCGUCAUUCACCACCUGCCCUACGAACCCCGCGAUUCAGCACCAGCGAUACUUCCACGGCAGCGCGACAAGGAUGGCGGCCCAGACGAGAACCGAGAGCGAUGCCUUUGGCGAGAUCCAGGUGCCCGCCGAUAAGUACUGGGGCGCCCAGACGGAGCGUUCCCUCGAGAACUUCCGCAUCAACCAGCCCCAGGACCGGAUGCCGUCCCCCAUUGUCAGGGCAUUCGGUAUCCUGAAGGGCGCUGCGGCGACUGUUAACAUGCGCUAUGGCCUUGACCCCGCCAUCGGCAAGGCCAUCCAGCAGGCCGCCCAGGAGGUUGCGGACCUCAAGCUGCUUGACCACUUCCCCCUUGUCGUCUGGCAGACCGGCUCCGGCACGCAGUCCAACAUGAACGCGAACGAGGUCAUCAGUAACCGGGCCAUUGAGAUCCUUGGCGGGACCAAGGGCAGCAAGAAGCCGGUGCACCCCAACGACCACGUGAACCGGUCCGCCUCGUCCAAUGAUACCUUCCCGACCGUCAUGCACAUCGCCGCCGUCCUCGAGAUCGAGGGUGAGCUGCUCCCGGCCCUCCAUAGCCUGCGCGCCGCCCUCCAGGGCAAGGUCGACGAGUUCGAGGCCAAAAAGAUCAUCAAGAUCGGGCGCACCCACUUGCAGGACGCCACCCCGCUCACCCUGGCGCAGGAGUUCAGCGGGUAUGUGGCGCAGCUCGACUUUGGCAUCAAGCGGGUUGAGAGCGCGUUGCCGGACCUGCGGCUCCUCGCCCAGGGCGGCACCGCUGUGGGGACGGGUAUCAACACGUUCGAGGGCUUUGCCGAGGGCAUCGCGGAGGAGGUCAGCAAGAUGACGGGCACCGAGUUCAAGACGGCACCCAACAAGUUCGAGGCGCUGGCGGCCCACGACGCCAUCGUCCAGGCGCACGGCUCCCUCAACACCCUCGCCGCGUCGCUCACCAAGAUCGCGCAGGACGUCCGUUACCUUGGCAGCGGUCCACGCUGCGGGCUGGGCGAGCUGGUGCUGCCGGAGAAUGAGCCCGGUAGCUCCAUCAUGCCUGGCAAGGUCAACCCGACGCAGUGCGAGGCGCUCACCAUGGUGUGUGCCCAGGUGAUGGGUAACAAUGUGGCUUGCACGAUUGGUGGGAUGAACGGCCAGUUUGAGCUCAAUGUCUACAAGCCGCUGGUGAUCCGCAACUUGCUGCACAGCGUCCGGAUACUCGCGGACGGUAUGCGCAGCUUUGAGAAGAACUUGGUGGCGGGUCUUCAGGCGAACGAGGAGAAGAUUUCUAGCAUUAUGAAGGAGUCGCUCAUGCUCGUGACCUGCCUCAACCCCAAGAUCGGCUAUGACAUGGCCAGCAAGGUAGCCAAGAACGCGCACAAGAAGGGUUUGACUCUGAAGCAGAGCGCCAUGGAGCUCAAGGCGCUCACCGAAGAGGAAUUUGACACGCUCGUCAAGCCUGAGCUCAUGGUUGGGCCCAAGCCUUACAAGGGCUAG